GCUGCAUUUUUAUCUUCAUACUAUAUAUUUUCUUUGGGAGUUGGUGAAGAAGAAGAAAGAAACCAAAUAUGAAGCAAAAGGUGGUGUUGAAGGUGGCUAUGAACUGUGAAAAAUGCAGGAGUGAGGCCCUUCAAGUGGCUGCAGGACAAGCAGGGGUAGACUCUGUUGCAUUGGAUGGUAAGGAGAAAGAGAAAGUGGUGGUGAUUGGAGAUUUUGAUGCAGUCAAGUUGACAAAUAAUUUGAGGAAGAAAGUUGGAGCUACUGAAAUUCUCACUUUGGGGAAGCACAACUAAUUUAAGGAAGAAGGUUGGAGCUACUGAAAUUCUCAAUCUAGGAAACAGGACUGAAGAAAAAGUAUAUGCUAUAUUUCUUAUCACACUUUAUUUAAUUUAUCUAGUCGUGUUUUAUUUAGUGUAAGAUUAGGUGGGCGGUGCAUUUAUCUGAGGUUAGUGUAAAAAUAAUGGCGACAGUGAGAUUAGAUACUGUAACGAUAUGAGACAAAAAGUAAGUUAAACGCACCGCACUGUCCAUCUAAACCCAUACUUAAUAUUGAUAUGUUCAGCUUAUUUUCCAAAAAUAUAUACUUAAUAAGAAAAUAUUUAAAAAAAAUUAGAUUUGGGUAAAGAAAUUUGGAUCACAAUAGACAAUUAUAAUGUGUAAUAUCUUUUGAAAUUAUAAGUAAAAAGAUCUCUCCAA